UCCGCAACCGUACGAAACGUCAUCCUUGAGAAGAGCGAACAUUUAAAAUACCCGUGUGUACACCAACCCACUCAAUGUCAAAAUACGAUCAGUCCAACCUACCUGGACGAACGAUCCACCGGUCAGGAAAAAAUCACCGACUCACUGAUUCGUUCCGAAGCGAGUAACGCGGUUUCGUCGGAUAAUAAAAUGUACAAGGUGUUGGUGGCCAGUUUGGUCGUUUUGAAUUGUUACGGUUCGGCCUACAGGAACAACGUUUGUAAAUCGUUCGCCGAUUACGCCACCAUAGCCACAAACCCGAAUUGCUAUUACAACCCCGACGUGGGCUCACCGCCCGCUUUAAUAGCGAAACGAAACGGUUACCCGUUCCAAAAGUACAAAGUACAAACCAAAGACGGCUACAUCCUCUCCCUCUUCAGGAUACCAAAUAACAACACAGACAAAACGGGCCCACGCCAACCCCUAAUCCUCCAACACGGAAUCGCCAUAAACUCGGCAGCAUGGCUGCUGCAAGGGAAAAAGUCAUUGGCCUUUUAUCUGGUGGACAAAGGAUACGACGUGUGGCUAACGAAUUCACGUGGAGUCCAAUACUCCACUCAGCACGUCAACUUGACCCUUGAUCAUCCAGAUUAUUGGAAUUUUAGUUUCCACGAAAUGGGAGUGUACGACUUACCUGCCAUCAUAGAUUUCGUGGCCAAAACCACCGGACAAGCCGGCAGGAUCGUUUACAUCGGCCACUCGAUGGGCACGACCAUGUCGUACAUCUACGCCUCCCUGAUGCCAGACCACGCGAAGCAAAAUUUGAGGGGCAUCAUCUCCUUGGCGCCCAUCGCCUAUCUGAGGCACGUGAGAAGUGCGGCCAAACUGAUAGUGCCCUUCGCCGAUAUUAUAGGGGACAUAUUAAAAAUGUUCGGUUUACACGGCAUCGGUCAGUUUCCACGAUUGCAAAGGGCUCUUGUCGAUAACACCUGCAACGUGUACCCUUUCAUGUGGCCGUGCGAGCUGGCAAAUUUUUUCGUGACCGGAGUAGCUGCCGGUCAAGUUUCAGCGGAAAUGACACCGGUCUUGUUUAGUCACUUUCCUUCGGGGAUAUCAGUGAAAACGAUAAUUCACUUCUCCCAGAUGUUCAGGAGGCAUUCCUUGGUGUACUUUGAUUAUGGACCGAGGUGGAACUUGUUGAAGUAUCAGUCUGUAGUGCCAAAUGAAUAUCCGUUGGAAAAUAUUAACGUGCCCGUUCAUUUAAUUGCGGGUAAUAAUGAUUUUCUUUCAGAUACAAGAGACGUACAAAUACUGUACGAGAAGUUAAAGACGAAUAAGACUUAUCAAAUAGUGACUGAAAAUGGGAAAUAUGAUUUCGCCCACAACGACUAUUUUAUUGGAAUUCAUGUUAAAGAAUUCCGAAAAUAUUUAUUGAAAUUGUUAGAUGAUUUAAGAUAAUAAAUUAUUAUUUUUUAA